AUGUCAGACAACACAAAAUCCGAAGAACCCUCCGCGGCUCCUCCGCGGAGAAUCGGCUAUGCUAUCGCCCAAGAACUCGUAACCCGAGGAGUCCGGCGUCUAAUCCUCGUCGCCCAAACCGAAGACAAACUCCAAGAAGCCGCCAAAACCAUCCAAGCCACCACCCAAAACCUUGAGAUCAAAAUCAUCACCAUCAACUUAGGAGAACAAGGAGCCCCCGCAAAAAUCUACAAACAGAUCAAGGAAGAAUUCAACUGGAAAGUCGAUUUACUUGUCAACAAUGCCGGUUUUGGAAGGAAAUUCGUCUUUGCUGAGGAUCCGGAGACGGAUACCUCCCUCAAGACCGUCGACCUCAUGGUCCGCGCAAUCGUAGACAUGAUGCUGCAAUUCCUCCCGGACAUGGUCUCUCGAAAAUCCGGCGGAAUUCUCAACAUCGGAUCAACAGGCGGCUUCCAGCCUGUGCCCUACACAGCCGCCUACGCAGCAAGUAAAGCAUUCGUGCAUACCUUCUCACAAGCAAUCCGACAAGAGAAUAUCGAUAAGGGAGUGAGAGUUGCGUGUGUGAUUCCUGGUGUGACAGAGACGAAUUUAGAUGGGCAGGGGCAUGGUGAGAAGAGAGGGAUAAUUGAGAAAGUGGGUGUUGAUCAGCCGCAGGAUGUGGCGAAGGUUGCGGUGGAUACUUUGGAGGAUAAUGCUGCGGCGAGGAUUGUAGGGUGGAAUAAUAAGGCUUUUCAUUCGGUGUUUAAUUUGGAGGAUAAUGCUGCGGCGAGGAUUGUAGGGUGGAAUAAUAAGGCUUUUCAUUCGGUGUUUAAUUUGCUUCCGGAUUCGGUGAUUGCGAGUCUGGUGGCGAGGUCGAGGGGUGCGCCGGGAGAGGAGUAA